AUGGCCCCAGUUGUUCCCCCACAAAUGCGCUUUCUGAAUGAUGCUGCACAAUCGCUUUCUCUCAGCCCGUCGACGUCAGCGCAUCUGCUGGCGACGCACACUCUGUUGCUCCACCAGGAUUCAAAGGCAUUGACUGUGCGGCAGCAGAAGGAUUACUGUGGUGCAUGUGGUAGUAUUAGAGAUCCUCAGUCGACCAAGGUCACUCAAAUUCGACGCGGUAAAUCUCUGCCAUCACAGUCAUCUCGGCCAGGCCCCGGCGCUACAGUCUACAAGUGCCUUCGCUGCCAUCGACGAGCUGUUACUCCCCGCAAACAACGACUAUCCAAAACGACAUCUCGCAUUACCUCUCACGCUGCCACAGCAAAGCCAUCUCCGACUCCGAUUUCGCAACAGUCCACUCCUUCAGAAGUCGCAAAGUCAACCACAGACGCCCCCACCCCAAAAGAACCACCCAGCAAAACGGCAGAGAACGCAAGCAGCAAGAAGCGAGCCAAGACACGAAAACAAGGAGGAUUGCAAGCUCUGUUGGCGUCCAAGCAACGCUCGUCUCCGUCCCUCGACCUGCUCGACUUCCUGCAGUAG